UGAGCCAGUGCGUGUGGGGUGUGCUCCUCCUGUUGAUAUCCAUUGGAGGGUUCAUCUUCACCCCCUUAGACCUAAUGCUAUGGGAGAAGCUGAAUAUGAGGCCAGGUUUUCCUCCCUACGAGUGGUGGGCGGACCCCCCCGACGAGGUCAAGCUGAGGGUCUACGUCUUCAACGUGACCAACCACGAGCGGUUCCUGAGCGGCCUUGACGAGAAGAUGGACGUCAGAGAGAUAGGACCCGUUGUUUAUUUAGAGAAGCUGAUCCACUCCAACAUCCAUUUCAACGAGAACAGUACCCUGACGUACACCGCGCGGCGCUACCCCAUAUACUUGCCUGGCGAGAACAGUAUAGACCUGAACGCCACCCUGGUGGUGCCUAAUUUGGCAAUUCUGGGCAUAGCAUCGUACCUCCACGACGCGAACUACCUCGUUCGAACUGGCUUCCGUCUUCUGGUCAACUCCCACGGCAGCAAGUUGUUCGUGAAGAAGACCAUCUACGAAUACCUCUGGGAGUACCGAGAACCGGUGCUGGAUACGUCUAAAAGCUUGGUACCGGGUUUGGUGCCUGUUAGUAACAUGGGCAUGCUGGCCAGAAUCUACUCAGACUUCACGGACGAUGUGACAGUCAAAGUGGGUCACCAGUGGGGGGACCGGAGCUUCUUCCAAAUCGACGAGUUCCGUGGACACCCACAGCUGCCGGGAUACGAUCCUGAUGUAUGUCCCGACCGGCUGUACGGGUCUACAGAAGGUGUGAUGUACCAGCAACGGCUGACCAAGCAAGACAUCCUAUUGUACUGGAGGAAGACCGUGUGCAAGGUCAUGCCUCUUUAUUUUGAUGAGGAGAUAACAGUGGACAACGUGCCAGUAUAUCGCUACAACCUCUCUGAAAGCGUGUUUGAGAGAACGAGCAAUGGUACGGACUGUUACGAUACAGUGCCGAGCCUGCCGCCAGGGCUGAGCGACGGAUCCAAGUGUUACUUUGACUUCCCAAUGGUGGUGUCCUACCCUCAUUUCUACACGGGCCACCCGCCCAAAGACGCGUACGUGACUGGUCUCCAACCGGACAGAUAUAAGCACAACUCGUACGUCGUUGUGGAACCGCUGACAGGCACACCGUUCCAUUCCGUAGCGCGGAUGCAGAGCAACCUUCGUAUCCACGAGCUGUCUGGCUUCUCGUACGAGUACCAGAAGUUCUCCAACCUCGUUCUACCUCUGUUCUGGGCUGAAUAUAAUCAAGAAGGCCUACCUCCACACAUCAGUAAGACGAUCUACUUCAUGACCGUCAUCUUACCGCCAGUGUCUUACUUAGUACUUACUCUAACCUUCCUCACAGGCAGCUACUUUUUAGCAAAACAUUUGUACAUUCACCAACUAAGCAACGAAACUGUGAACGCCUUACUACAUUUUAAGAGCAAAAACACUAGCAAGAGUGAUUGCAAAUCUUUAAAAUAUGAGAAUGAAAUAUUUAUAAAACCACUUACACUUAAUAGAUAAUAAAGACCAACUUAGUUGUAGUUAUUUAGUAAAUUUAAAUUUCGUAAUGCGACGUUUGUCUGAGGCUUUUUGAAAGAAUAAAAUUUAGAACAAGAUUUGAUAAUUUCUUUAGCGGAAUUCGAUUAUUUUUGUUGGUAUUACUUAAUAGAUUAUCACCAAAUGUAUUCAUGUUUCAUGAUUUUUCUUUAGCUAUUCAGGGUUAAAUAUGCUUUUACUUACAAAAAAAGCAGGGACGUCGAAAUUCCUAUACAUGUAUCUUUUUUUAGUUAGGGCCACGUAUACGAGUACUUACAUUAGGUACUAAUUUACAUAAAAUUACUAGAUUCAAAUUAAAGUCUUCGAUUCGAUUGGAUGAAUGAUAUAAUAUUAUGUAAUUAGGCUAAAAAGGUGACUGAGUUUCUUCCGCCACUUCUUCUCAGCACCAGCCCAUGUUGUUCCGAAGUGGUGGUAGGGCGAGCUAUAUUUGGGACGUGUAAAAGUGCCUGUUUAUUUGACUGUUAUGAAUAAUGUAUAUGUUUUUGAAAAGUUAUAUAAUGUAUUAAUUGAGAACAAUACAACAAGAAAGACUGAGUGGACUGUUGUACUGUUAAAUUAGGAUUCAACAUAAACCUCAAUUUAGUAAAACGAAAUUUUUCGUG